CCAUCUGGUCACUCUGACUGGCUCUCCAUUUUGUUUUCCACGGCAAAACCUUUUUUGCUACAUCAAAUUGCAUUUUUAUACUAAUUACCCGAGAGUUUUUGUAAAUUUAAGUGUUUUAAAGCAAUUAUUAGACCAUGGGACGCAAGAAGAAGAAGGCCUCAAAACCAUGGUGCUGGUACUGCAACCGUGAAUUCGACGACGAGAAGAUCCUGGUCCAGCACCAGAAGGCCAAGCACUUUAAGUGCCACAUAUGCCACAAAAAGCUGUACACAGGACCGGGGCUUUCUAUCCAUUGUAUGCAGGUGCACAAGGAGACCGUUGAUAAAGUGCCCAACUCGCUUCCUAAUCGCUCAAACAUUGAAAUCGAAAUUUUCGGUAUGGACGGCAUUCCGGCCGAGGAUCUUAGAGAUCACGAACGCCAGAAGAAUGGCGGUAAGUCGGAUUCGGACGAUGAUGAACCCGUGGCCAAGAAAAAAGUGGAAUAUGCCAUGAGUGUACCGCCACCCAUGAUGAUGCCCCCGAACAUGAUGCCACCGCACAUGCUAGGUCAAUAUGGCAUGGGCAUGAUGCAGCACAUGCCGCCGUUGCCUCCGUAUCCAGUGCCUAUGAUGCCGCACAUGAUGCCUCCGCGACCUCUGUUUCCGGCCGCUAUGGCCACUACCUCGGCGGCAGCAGCUGCGGCGGCGGCGGCACACCAUCACCAUGCUGCCGCAAUGGCCCAACAGAAGCCAACAUUUCCAGCGUACAGUAAUGCUACCAUAAGUGCUCCGCCCACCACUAACCAUGCUGGUGGCGCAACCAGUGCACCACCAAGUGGUCCGCCAGAUGCUCAGCAACAGCAGCAGCGACCGCCGGUUCCACCAGCAGCAGGAAGUGCUGCCGCUGUAACUACCAAGAUCAUGCAUCCGCAAGAAGAUCUUAGCCUUGAGGAACUUCGCGCCCGCCAACCGAAGAUUCAGGCGCGUCUGGCUGCCGCUAAAGCUGCCCAGGCGAAUCCACAAAGCCGCAAAAGUCCCAGCAAUAAUGGUGGCACAUCAGCGUUGAUACCCACUACCCCGCCGCCCCCGUCGCUUGCUGGCAUCUCGCCCACUGGCAGCAACAGCAGCAGUGGCAUGGCUAAUGCGAUUGCUGUCUCCACAGCCAUGUCGAAGGCCCAGGAAACCGCCGCUUUAGUUGCCGUGGCACAGGCGCAGGCUCAGGCACAAGCUCAGGCCCAGGCCGUGGUCCAAGCACAGGUCCAGGCAGCACAUGUGGCACACGCUGUGGCAGCCCAGCAGCAGGCGGCACAGCAGCAACAGCAAGCCGCAGUGCAACAGCAGGUGGUGCAGCAGCAACAGGCGGCCCAGCAGCAGCAGGUCAAGCAACUGGAGGAACUCAAUCGGGCUGUGAUGCUCCAGCGUCUUCAGGCUGCCCGGCAGCCAGCGAAUCCUGGCGCUGCAGCAGCGGCUGCGGCGGCAGCAGCCGUCGGAAUGAUGCCGAUACCUGGCCACAUGCAGCUGAUGCAACCGAUGCUGAGACCGGCCAUGGCCAUCGGACCUCACGGAGCGCUCAUCGGCGGGAAUAUGCUAAGAGCGGCCGGUGCCCCCACAAUACACGGCAUGCCUGCAGGUUUACUGCCCAUGCAGGCCAUAGGGUUACCAGGAAUGCCGGGUGCCUUACCAGCUGGAGCAAUGGCUAUGCCGGGAAUGGGCGUGAUGCUGCAAGGACAUCCCAAUAUGCUGCAGAUGAUGCAGCCCCGCUUCAGAUGAUGUUUGCCCGCAGCGCCGGGUCUGUUGCAGGCACCAGCAGCCCCGCCACCGACGCACCUGCAACCACAGCCACAUCCCCAGCACGUGCAGCCUGGGCGGCCGUUCUCGAGGACCACGGCCACUCUGCAGGCUCAGCCGCCGCUGUUGAGCCUGCCACUGCCACUGCUUUUCCACGAGUGAGGCAAGGAUCAAGCUUUUAAUUGCAAACAGCAAACAGCGCGCACACAGCAAGCAAGUUGUUUUGAAAACUCAAACCAAAGUCAGUUUUUUUUUUUCAAUGUAUAACAGUUUUUGAGACACAACAUCAUCACCCAAACACACACUUAUUUAACACACGCUACCCACUAAUCAGCGUUUGGGUUGUACAAAUAUUGGGAGUAAUAUAUCUGAAACUUGUGUUUUUGUAUGCACCAUCGGUAAAGUGGCAUUAGAUCGAAACCAAACCAAUCUCUCUAAUUUUUAAUUUAACUAAUUUAAUCUUAUCGACAUGUGUGCAUAAAAGUACAUCUUUUAUAUAUAUUAUUCCUGAUUUUAGUAUAAUACAAUACACCACAUUGCUAAAAACACAUACUAACACUAUCCAUCUGAAGCUACUUUGCUGUGCUGUAGAUCUCUAUGUUUUAUUUGUAUCUAUAUCUGUAUAAUCAACAAAUUAAUCGUUGACACUUAAUCUAUACAACUUGUUGUUUUUUUUAACAUUCUCUUUCUUUUUUUUAGUUUCAUUUAGUGUGCAUAUAUUUUAAACACAUCCACCUACAAACACACACUCAAGUUGUUUAAUUAUAUCUCCUCCAAAACAAAUGAAUUACGAAAAGAAAAUCUUCGAAAUCACACAAAAACCAAAACCAAAAAACAAAAACAAAACCUGAACGCUCAAAGCUCUGGGUAUGUUGACAAUUGCCAUAAGCAGAAUUUUUGUGUUGUUUUUGUGUUAUUCGUGCGUAAUUUAUACUUUCAAUUCUUUCUGUCCAUGUGAAAUGCUCUGCAAUCUAUUUAAAUGUUAUACAAUUCAUACAACUUUUGUUCAGGCCCCAUGUUGUCUAGACUCUAGACCUUCGUUCAUUCGUUCAGUUGCGGCUGACAAAAAGUAAGUUCUAUCUUUCUUUACAUAGUAUAUUUAACUAUAUACAAAACAUAUUUAUAUAAAAAUAUUCAAUAUUUCUUUGUAUCGUUUUUGUUCUUUUGGUAUGUAAUAUACAUAAAUACAUUUGGUGUGUGUCAUCGCGAGACAACAGAUCAGAGCAGGUAUCUACAUUCAAUUUGAUUUCCUUUUAUAAUACUUAUAUAUAUGCAUAUAAAAUACUAUUUAUCCUAAGUCAUUUGGUUAUGGUAUGGUUGGUACUAAACAAAAACAACAACAUUUACAAUAAAACAAUAUUCCCAUCCCGAAAAUUAAAAACGCUAUAUAGCUUAUACAGAGUUGCCAGCAGGAGGCAUCUAAUUAGAUAGGAAUUUCUCACGUGUUACUAAGUACACUCCGGGAUUUAUCUUAAUGGUUUUAGUUUUGUUGUUACCGUAGUGUUCUUCCAAAAGUUCCCAGUUAUCUAGCUUCCUUUCCAAAACUUCAACUAGUGUUUGAAUUAAUUAAAUAAUAAUACUCCAGGAAACACCCUACAUAGAGACGCUCAGGCUUUUGUUAAUCCGAUCGUAAAUUGUAGCUAGCAUAAGUAGUCGAUUGUCAGUUAAUGAGUACUAGUCGUAUCCUUAUUGUUUUGUUAUGAUGUUUAUGGGACGCAGCAUGAGUCAGAUUGUUCUCCCUUGAGAUCUUCGAAUACUCCUAACCCAGUAUAGCCUAUAGGGUAGUUAAACUUAGCACUGAGAACCUUAAAGAGAGCACCAUGCAAACACCAACUAACAACACUCACCUUUGUUUGAGUAUACCUAGAGUACACAUUUGUAACCCAAUCAUUUAUACUAUAUUUCUAUGUAUAAAUACAUGUAUUAAUGUAUCUAUAUCGUGUAAUUUAAUUCAUAAGCAAUGACAAGUGAAAAACUGCCCAAGAAGAAACGAUUGAACCCGAAUAUAUAUUACCCCUCAAUCGGGCCAGUUUAGCGCAAAAUUGAUGUUGGACUUUUGGGUCUGGCAAAUUUGCCGCACCGCAAACAGGAUAUCGCCGGCCGGCCAUAUCAAUUUCGUUGGCCCGGUUCGAUAGUCCUGCGGUGUUAGAACGGCGUGCUUCAGACGAGAGUACCUCAAUGCAAGACAGACAAUAUCGAAGAUUUGGUGGCAAUACUCGUAUACGAAUCACACACUUCCCGACUAAACUCGCAUCUGUACACAGUCGUUAUAUAAUCGUACUCGUAGAAUAUAUAUUCUCUCUCUCUCUCUGGUAAAAGUAUUGCGAAGACUUUGUAAAUAUUUUAUGGACGCAUAUUAUUUUGUAGUGUUGCUUUUACUUAACACUUUUGCUUUAUUAUUUUCGGGAAUGCAAUAAAAAAUUGAACGUUUUUGUUUAGAUAAAUCUUUAGUGUAUUCAAUAUAAAAUUGUUAUAAUUAUUGAUAUUUUGAAAAAUCUAUAUUUUGUAUAAUUUUGUUUGGUAAUAUUUUUCCUAUUGCUAGUUUGAGGUUGUGUUAUUUAAGUUAAUCGAGAUUUAUGAGUAGGGUCAAUGAAAUUGAAUUAACUUUUCUUUAAGCUUUAGUUUUGGUUGCAUUUCCCGUCCGUAGUCCAAUUAUAUUAUUAGUUUUGGUGGUGGUCUUUUCAAAAAAUUUAACAAUAUUUGUUUAUAUGAUUUUAUAUUACAAAGAUUAAUUCUUUAAACGUAAAAUACUAUCCAUGCAAUGCACGCCUUCAUUUAAAAAGAGUACAGCUAAAAGGCUACAAGUUUUGUUAACAUUUAAUGGGCUUUAGGUGUUUUUGCGAAAAGAAAAAGAAACUUUGAUCUAAGAUUUAAAAAUUAAAAAUUUACACCACCAAUAUCUGUCUGUCUUUGCGCUGGGCGACACGCGAGUAGCUGAACAAAUGGCAGUCACUGUAAUACUAAACCCCACACAACCGAUCCAAGAGCCGUAAAUGUCUGUCGCGUUCAGUCGAAAGCGUGUCACAUUAAUUUUGCUGAGCGAAAAGUCCCCUGCGUCCGACCUCCUUCCCCCGAUUCUGUCUAUAUCUUUAAAUAAGUGGUAUAUGUCUAUCUUUGGAUUAUGUUUUGCAUGCCCAGACGAGUAUGCCUUCCGACCCAGAAGUACAAGUUCGAAUCGGACGCAGGCGAUGUGCCGGAGCUAAGUCAGCCGAUAUACAUGGCCUGGUCCAUGAUAUAUUGUAACUCUGAGGCGAGGGCACAUCACAGUUAUCGAACUAACUGUUGGACUUUUCGGUCCUUGUCUUGCAACCAACCACUCAAUCGUUAUAUCCACACUCAUAACACAACUACUAUCUUACUAUAACUAUAUUGAAUCAGACGACCCGCAUUAGCAUACUUCGCGCGUCUUGUUCAAUCCACUAAAUCCGGCGGCAAGAUCACCAAAAACUACAUCGAUCACACCAUGUCUCAAAGCCAUCUUUAUGAUGGUGGAACCGAAAGAGAUUUACAAUAAUGUUUGUUUACACAUUUUGUUUCGUGUUGAUUUACUCAUUUAUCGAUAUAUAUCAAUUUUAAUCAAUAAUGCUUUGAUAGUUGCAACUACUUUUUUUGGGAAAGUAUUCAAGAUCGAUCAAUUUUUUAAACUAAUUAAUGAUUAAGAAUUUGUUUUGCCAAAGAUCUUCGAAGCUUUCGACCAAAGUGUUUAUUAAUUAAUUAAUCUUUGAGUAAAUAUAUAUAAAUACGUGUUUAUAUUUUUCAUAAGCUUUACAACACAAUUUUUGUUGCAUUUACUUUUAAAUAAAGCUUACGGAAUUAACAAAUCGAUUUUCCUUAAUCCAUUUAUGUUCGUUCAACAAAUAAUCACACAAAUACUUAGCUAAUGCCUAUAAUAUAAUUAGUGCAAAUGCAUAAAAUCAAAAAUCAACAAAUUUGCCUAUGUUAAAUCAUUUUUAAUGUUGUAAUUUAAAUGAAAAGAUGCAAAAAAGUCAGGAAGAAAAACACAAAAUAAAUAUAUAUAUAAUUAGCAUUCUUGUAUGUAAACUGUUUUUUACGCAAAAAAACAAAGAAAGUAUACCAACAGCAAGUUAUAUGAGCAAUUGUUUAAAUUCUUUUAAACUAAAUACGAAGCAAGAAAUACAAUUAGGAAAACACAAUGCAUAAUGAUAAUAUUUCUAGUUUAAUGUUUCAAUUGUUCUCUAUUCUUUUGAAAUUAAUUUAUUGACAUUUAAAUAAAUCGAAUAAAAAUUAA